AGCUUCAGCAGCUCCUCAUCAUACUUUGAGACUUAAAGCUCCAACAUGAUCUUGCUCCUCUUCUUGUUCGGUCUGACUCUGGGUGCUCCUUCUGAGGCUCCUUCUGAUGGCAGUGAAGUGAAGCUACAGCUUGAUGACCACAGAGCUAAACUACUACAUGGGAACUGUUCCAUGUUCUGGUACAGCUUCAAUGGACGCUGCUACAAAUAUGUGGCCACACACAUGAGCUGGGCUGAUGCAGAGCUCUACUGUGUGUCACAGCGAGCCAACCUGGUGUCUAUCUACAACGAGGAGGAAGAGGAGUUUGUUAAAUCAUUAAUUAAGAACUUUGAUCAUGCUGAGCGAUACACCUGGAUUGGACUGAGUGACAUCCAUAAAGAAGGCAGAUGGAUGUGGUCUGAUGGUUGUGCAGUGAGUUUCACCCACUGGAAUGUUGGUGAGCCAAACAAUGGUGGAACAAAUGAACACUGUGUUCACAGUAUUGGUUACUUAAAGAAGUGGAAUGAUCAGAAAUGUUCUCUCAAUUUACCUUCUGUUUGUGCAACACGGAUAAACUGCCCUUAGAAACUGAACUGUACAUGUAAACCUGCACUGUUUAUGUUAUCUGUCUCUAUGUGUUUGUGCAAAAGUCACAAAAUUUCACCAGCCUUGAUUUUCAUGAAUGUGGAAUCAACAAUUGGCAUCUGGCAAGAGGAUAUUUACUCAUCGCA